AUGUAUGCGCUUGAAGUUAAACUCCUAAACACUACAGACACACCAUAUCAUGGUUACACUGAGCAAAUUCCCUCCAUGCCUCUUUUCGAAAGCUUAGGCAUUGAGAACGCAACAACUACAGAAGGAGUUGAAAAAAUCACAAAACUCAUGUGGCCUUCUGGAAAUGAAAAUUUUAGUAAAAGUGUUUUGAUGUUCUCCAAAGCCGUAGCAGAACUAUAUCAGAUAGUGAUGUGGAUGGUAGCGAAAAGCUAUGGAAUAGAAGAAAUUUGGGGGACGAUCAAGGGAAAUCCUCUCGGUGUUGUUCCUCACACUGAUAUUAGUUUCAUGACAAUUCCUCAUGAAAAACAAGUAAAGGGUCUGCAGAUAAAGACUAAGGAAGGACAGUGGAUCGAAGUUGAUCCUUCACCUUCAUCGUUCAUAGUCAUGGCAGGCGAUGUUUGCAUGGCAUGGACAAAUGGAAGAAUCGAAGCACCGUAUCACAUGGUUAUGAUGCAGGGAAAAGAAGAGCGAUAUUCGCUGGGGAUAUUUACUUUUAUUAGGGGUCUGAACAUACAGAUACUUCAAAAACUCAUUGAUGAAGACCACCCACCAAGGUUUAAGGAAUUUGAUCACUACAAGUACAUCCAUUACCAUCGAUACACCAACGUCGGGAAGAAAUCAGAGUGCCCCAUCAUAAUUGAGGCUGUAAUUGUUCAAAAUAAAGAUGCCACCACAUGUUUGUUGGAUCAUAUGCAUGUCUCUUUCAAGUUUUUUCUCUAUUCAAAUAGUAUUUAUAGAAUAAAUACAUAUAAGUUGUGUAAACAUCUUCAAAAUAAAGGUGUUACAACUACGACAUAA